AUGCGUUACUCCGUCUUGGCCCAGGUGGCCCUCGCCUUGGCUGGACUGUCUAGUACAGCGUCUGCGAUGGGAAUGGGUGCCAUUCGACGAGAGUUGAGGCUUGCAGCGGAAAUGGGAAUUAAUCCUGACCAUAUGUUGAAGCGCCAGUCUGUUCCUACCCAGGCGAAUCAGGCCGAUUCGGAUAAUGUUGUUGCCAAGACUGUUUCGCUCCCAAUCGACCACGGUGAUCCCUCUGUCGGGACCUACGAGAAUCGGUAUUGGGUCAAUGACGAAUGGUAUCAACAAGGCGGACCAGUCUUUGUGUAUGAUGUCGGCGAAGCUACCGCCGAGGCUACGGCGAAGCAGCACUUGGGCAAUUCGACUUCAUUCUUGGUGGAGAUGCUGGAAGAUUUUGGCGCAAUUGGUAUCGCGUGGGAACAUCGAUACUACGGAGAGUCAUUGCCGUUCAACGUCAGCGUCGAUACUCCGCCCGAGCACUUCAAAUACCUCACGAACAAGCAGGCCUUGGCCGAUAUCCCGUUCUUCGCAAAGAAUUUCACCCUCGACGGACACAAGGAAGAUCUAACACCCGAUGCUAAGCCGUGGGUGAUGGUGGGAGGAUCUUACUCCGGCAUGCGGUCGGCUUUCACUCGCGAUGCCUACCCGGAUACUAUCUUUGCGGCGUAUGCAUCGUCGGCUCCUGUGGAGGCUCGGGUGAAUAUGAGCAUGUACUUUGACCAAGUGUACAACGGGAUGGUGGCCAAAGGGUACUCGAAUUGCACCAAGGAUAUCAAAGCCGGACUCGAGUAUAUCGACGACGAACUCUCCAAGAACGCAUCCGCCGCUGCAGCAAUCAAGAAGCGGUUCUUCGGCGACGGCGCAGAAAAGAAUAGCAACGGCGACUUCACUGCUGCGCUGGCAGGUAUCUUCGGGUUUUUCCAAGCCUACGGAGUGGGAGGUGGCGACGGCGGACUCGGAUCAUUCUGCGAAUAUCUCGAAACCGACGCCGCAACCCUCCAACCAGCCGGACCACGCGGUUUCGCACCAUACCGGGGCAAGAAAUACGUCGCCGAACGAUUCGCCUCCUGGCCCGUCUUCAUCGACCUAGUCAACUUCAACUACGACACAAACUGCCGUCAAACCGACACCACCAAACCACUCGAAUGCACAUUGAACCCCAAAUCCACCGACCCCGACACCAUAAGCUGGACCUGGCAAUUCUGCACAGAAUGGGGCUACUACCAAAGCAACAAUUUUGGCCCACACUCCCUGCUCUCGAAAUUCCAGACCCUCGAGUACCAACAAUACACCUGUAACCGGCAAUUUCCCGACGCCGUGAAAAAGGGUCUCUUGCCGAGCACGCCGCAAGUCGAGGCGACGAACAAACAAACCGGAGGCUGGACCAUCCGUCCCUCAAACGUGUACUGGAGUGGCGGCCAGUUCGAUCCCUGGCGUACCCUGUCACCACUGGCCACCGAGGAUAUCGCCCCGCAGGGAGUGACGUUUUCGACGGAGAUUCCUAAGUGUGGAGUGGAGACGGGGGAGGAUCGAUUAUUUGGGUAUAUUAUGGAGAACGCGGAGCAUUGUUUUGAUUUGAUUACCGGGUUUGGGCCAGGGAAGAUUUCGCGGGGGUUCUUUCACGAGGCGUUGAAGUCUUGGUUGCCGUGUUUCAAGGCUGCUGGUGCGGUUGCAGGGCACCGGGAUUGA